AUGUCUGAGUUGAAAAAAGAAUCAGCAAAGAAAACAAUUGAUAUUUUGUAUGAAAUUUCACUUCUGUUAAAUACUGGUUUAGACAAAAAUACGCUUUCUUUAUGUGUUAGUCUUUGUGAAAAUGGUGUUAAUCCAGAGUCAUUAGCUGUAAGAAUUGCUAAAGUUGUACCUAUUUUAUCUAAAUGUUUUAGAAUGUUAUAA